AUCCGACACCUGUCGCGUCCAUCUUAUCGGGUGAAAAGUCGACUGAUAUGCAGUUCCUCCCAUCACAACCCUCUUACAGAUCUUUCCCAUGGAGCAACUCAAGAAUAUAGUUGUUAUCGGUGCAGGAGUGAUCGGAUUGACUACUGCGUUGAAUAUCCAAGAAAAAGGAGGAUAUGCCGUGACCAUUGUAGCUGAAGUCUUGCCAUCAGAUCCCAAGACGAUAAAGUACACGAGUCUCUGGGCGGGGGCUCAUCAUGUCAGCCAUGCAGAAAAUGACCCGCGACAGUUUAAACUCGACUCGGAUACGUUCAAGGUUAUGUGGGAACUCUCUGCUCCGGGGGGAGCAGCAGAGGCCUGCUUCUUGCGACUCCCACAAAUUGAGUAUUACGGUCAGAAGUCGGAACUCGAUCCUCACCAUCUAUCGUGGAUGCCAGACUUCAAAAUCUUACCGGAAAGCUCUCUGGUGCCAAACACUCUAAGCGGGGUGUCGUUCAGCACGCUUACCAUCGAUACGCCAGUGUAUCUCAAUUACUUGCUCUCCCGUUUCCUUUCUAAGGGUGGUGCCAUUGUCCGUGGAGCCGUCCAGGAUAUUGCUCAGGUCGUGGAAGGCGGAGUGAGCAUCUUUACUGGAAGCAAGAUUCCCACGCCGCCUGAUGCUGUAAUCGUCUGCGCAGGCCUUGGGGCUAGAUUUCUGGUGGGAAUUGAAGACAAGGACUGUUACCCGAUCCGCGGGCAGAUCCUGUUGAUUAGGGCACCGUGGAUCAGGUUUGGUAGGACAAUCAGCACGAAGGAAGGGCUUUGGACGUAUAUUAUACCGAGAAGAAGUGGUGAUGUCAUUGUAGGUGGCACGAAGAUCGACGAUGAUUGGUACCCCAACCCACGGCCCGAAACCUCUGAAGACGUUCUUGAGCGCGCGUUUGCACUAUGCCCGGAGCUCGCACCGCCAGAGAUCCGCGCACAACGGGCACCUACAAUUGACGAUGUCCGGCCAAUCAUCAUUUCAGAAGGGUGUGGUUUGAGACCCGGAAGGAGGGGAGGUAUACGGCUUGAUGUCCGAUGGACAGAAAACAGCGGAAAGAAAGUUCCUCUCAUCAGCAACUAUGGACAUGGUGGCCAGGGAUUUCAAUCGUCGUGGGGAUCUGCGUUUUCUGCCACUGAGCUUCUAGAAAAUGCAUUGAAGGAGAUUUAAAUGUUGAAGUAUAUUGUUUGUGAAAGUAUCAAGGGUCCGAAGACCUAUAAGUAAAAGAAUUUGAAAUCGAUUUGAACGAA